AUGUCACCGACCUUCGUUUAUCAGAUCAUCCGAGAGACGAAGCAUGGUCCGCCCAACAUGCUCGUCGACCUUGGCGCUGGUGUAGGGAACGUUCUUACACUCAAGCUUCACUCGCAACGGAUUACGAAGAGAAGGGCGCCGCGGAAGGCGGCAUGUGGAACAGUGCCAUGUGCGUGCGCCGCGCAACAGCGUACGGCGUCAAACUCGGAUCUAUGGCUUUCAAAAAGCGCGAUAUGCUCGCUUCGCACUGUGGUGUUGACGACGCAUUGA